AUGAACCCUUUCCACACACACUCGCCGCAGCCUCAGGCUGUUGUAAGACGGAGUCAUUUCCCAAAUUUGCUCGAGCUCGCGUCUUGUUUUCGCUCCCCACCCCGCCCUAGAGCCAUGUCUUCCCCUCCCGGAGCGCGACCGCGCGCCAGUCUAGACAGAAGAGAGGUGCGCUGGAGUUUGACAAUCGAGGCGUAUUCGGCGAUGAAUACGCCGGAGUCGUGGACUUCCGCGUUGCCGUCAGUGGACGACACUGACACUGACAUACCUACUCGACUUGAAUCCCCACCAGAGCGGCACGAGCAGCUUCCGGUCGCCGAAACGCCCCCACGGCUCCCCCCCGACUCCACGAGUAGAAUGCGAACAACUCUAACACUGCCUCUGCGCCAGACUGAGACUGUGAUCCCCGCCGAACCACGCCGAUUACAGCUCCACCCGGCAUUGGCCCCGGCGACGGCGCUCACGCUCGACCUAUCUUUCCCCUCCGAUGCUUUCCAAGCCAACCCCCUUCUGACGGCCGACCUUCUCCUCACCCCCCGCCUGCAGCCCCCCGCGCAACUCACUGACAAUCCGUCUUUCCACACCGCCCGGCGCGCCGAUGGAGCGUUCGUCAGCAUCGGCGAUGUCUUGUCCAAGAUUCAUCGCACCAUCCGGGCGUACGACUCGGGCCAGGUCCCCGCGUCGCCGACCAUCAGCACCAUCAGUUGCGGAUCGGGCUCCGGAUCAAGUGCCCGGGGCUCGCCGUCGCCGUCGCCGACCCACCCGAGCGCGCCGUAUUCGCCCAUGCAGGCCGCGGAGACGCUCCAGCGGUACCUCGCGCGCCGCGUCGCAACUGUGAACGGGUUCUGUCCAGACCGCCCGCUGUCCGUGCAGCGCGGGAACAUCGAGCGCGAGGGCGAGGGUGGGGCACGUGUCGUCGACCGAUUCGUGGGGCACACGCUCUUCGCGGGGCUUCUGCCGCUUCAGGGUGCCACCGAACUUCACUUCCAGCUCGUGCUAGCUGUGCCUGAGCGCUACCGGGAGGCUCCGCCAACGCCUCCGAGUCCGCGCGGUGCCGAUUUAAUGUGA